AUGAAGGUUUUGGUGUGGAACUGUCAAGGAGCAGGGAGCCCCUUGACAGUUCCCCAGUUGAGGGAGGCUAAUAACCUCCUCUCCCCGAAUAUGAUAUUCCUAAGUGAAACCAAAAACAGGUUCCAUUACAUGAAAAAGGUACAAAAAAUUUUGAGGUUUGAGGAAAGUGUGAUUGUGGAAGCUAUGGACAGGAAAGAAGGCAUGGCCUUGUUUUGGAAUAAGGAUGUAGAGGUUAAGCAAGUUGUUACAACAGCCCUUACUAUAGAGGCUCUGGUGCUUGACCCUGACAAGCAGAUUGAAUGGUGGUUCAUUGGAGUUUACAUGAGCUGUGACCCUAUUAUUAGGAGACAACAGUGGAAUGUGCUGACCAGGAGAAAGCAGUUCCUGGUAGAUCUAGGAUUCAAUGGUAACCCCUGGACUUGGAGCAACAACUGGGAGGAUGAGGGGGAGAUAAGGCAAAGGCUGGACAGAGGAUUGAGCACCAUAAAUUGGUGGCAAAAUUUCGACAAGGCUAAAUGUGAACAUGUGGAGACCCUCGGAUCAGAUCAUAGCAUGUUGCUUAUAGAUAAUUGGCCUAGAAUAGAGAAAAGAAGGUCCAGAUUCUUCUUUGAUAAGCGUUGGCUUAAGAGGGAAGAUAUAAAUCAAGUGGUGGUGCAAGCUUGGCAACAAACAGUUGAAGGAAAUAGGAUGUAUAGGAUUACUAGACAGAUUGCUAAUUGCAGAGUGGCUUUACUCAAAUGGAAAAACAGCUUCACAGGAAACACUUUGCUAAGAAUCAACCAAGUGAAGCAACAGAUCAAGGAAAUUAAAGACUCGAGGGAUUCAGGAUACAAGGAUAAGAUGGCUGAGCUAAAACGUCAGUUGAAAGAGGCUUACUCUGAAAAAGAGCAGUAUUGGGCCCAGAAAGCAAGGAUUGAUUGGUUGAGAGAAGGGGAUAAGAACACAAAGUUCUUCCAUGCCUGCGUGAAGGGAAGAAGAAGGAAAAACAGAAUGCUUAACAUUCAAAGAGAAAAUGGAACGUGGACCAAUAGUGAGGAGGAGCUGGGGAAAGAAGUAGCAAAUUACUAUAGAAUUCUGUUCACUAGUUCUGGCUGUGAGGGUCUAGAUGAGAUUCUAAGUGGUCUACCUUCUACUAUUACUACUGAGAUGAAUGAUAAGCUAACUAAAGAGGUUGAUGAACUGGAAAUCAAAACAGCUCUUUUCUCUAUGAACCCAAAUAAGGCUCCAGGUCAAGAUGGUAUGACUCCUUUGUUCUUUCAAAAAUUUUGGCAUGUAGUUAAAUCAGAUUUAAUUGCUGCCAUUAGGUCUUUUUUCCAUUCAAGCCAUAUGCCCAAAUCCUGGAAUCAUACGGUCAUUUCUCUCAUUCCCAAAACACAGAAUCCUACUAAUCUGAAGAGCUAUAGGCCAAUUAGCCUCUGUAAUGUACUUUAUAAAGUGAUUUCAAAAAUAUUGGCCAAUAGACUCAAGGAUGUGUUAAGCUAUUGCAUUAGCAAAAAUCAAGCAGCUUUUAUCCCAGGUAGGCAAAUCCUUGACAAUGUCAUUUUGUCUCAUGAAUAUUUGCAUUACAUGAAAAACAAAAAACAAGGUCAGAAUGGUUUUAUGGCUGUGAAACUUGACAUGUCCAAAGCCUACGACAGAGUGGAGUGGAAAUUCCUUGAUUCCAUGAUGGCUAAGAUGGGCUUCGGUACGGUCUGGAGGCAAUGGAUCUGGAGCUGCCUUACCUCAGUCACUUACUCCUUUAAUAUUAAUGGAGAGCCUAAAGAGUUUGUAAUUCCAGAAAGAGGAAUUAGACAAGGCGAUCCGCUAUCACCUUAUCUUUUCCUUUUAUGUUCAGAAGGCUUUUCCAAUUUAUUGAAGCAGGCUGAAGGAAAUAAAAGAAUCUCUGGGAUGAAGAUAAGCAGGUAUGGUCCAAGUAUGACUCAUUUAUUCUUUGCAGACGAUUCUUUAAUCUUCUGUAAAGCUGAAAGAGAGGAAGCCAGUGAACUUAUUCAAAUCCUGAGGAGGUAUGAGAAGGGGUCUGGUCAAUCCAUCAAUCUGGAAAAAUCCUCCGUGUUCUUCAGUAGUAAUGUGGAUUAUCAGAGGAGAAGGGAAGUGAGGCAAAGUUUAGGCACAAUUCAGGUUGCUACACAAGGGAGAUAUCUGGGACUACCUAUGGUGAUAACAAGAUCUAAACAGCAAGUGUUUGGCUACAUCAAGGACAGUAUUAGCAGGAGAAUGGCAAGCUGGAAGAACAAGCUGCUCAGCCAAGGUGGGAAGGAGGUAUUACUGAAGGCAGUGUCUAUGGCAAUGCCAGUCUAUACAAUGUCCUGCUUUAAGCUGCCAAACAAACUCUGCAAAGAGGUGUCUUCCAUGUUUGCUAACUACUGGUGGGGUGAAACUGAAGGGAAAAAUAAGAUGCAUUGGUGCUCAUGGGGGAGAUUGUCUAAGGAGAAAAAAGUGGGAGGAUUGGGAUUCAAGGACCUGCAGAACUUUAACAAAGCUUUGCUAGCUAAACAGGUAUGGAGACUGAUUUCUAAACCAAACCUAUUGGUUAGCAAGGUUUUGAGAGCAAAGUACUACCAUACGGACUCAAUUUUUAGGUGCAAAGUUCCUAAAUGUGCAUCGUGGAUUUGGCAAAGCCUGAUGAAUGCUAGAGAUUUGGUGCAGAAUGGAACUAGGAAAAAGAUAGGCAAUGGCAAGGCAACCAACAUUUGGAGGGACAACUGGAUUCCGGGAAAUAGGGAUGGCAAAGUCACCUCUGUGAUGCCUCUGAAUUGCAAAAUCAAAAGAGUAGAGGAGUUGAUCUGUGGCUUUCGAUGGAGGAUACCACUUGUAUUUAGGACCUUUAACAGGAAGGAGGCAGAGGAAAUUCUGGAGAUUCCUAUUAGUAUAUCAGGAAAGGAUGAUAGCAAUUAUUGGAUACAUAGCGGCAAUGGCAUCUACACUGUCAACUCAGGUUACAAGGCAUUGUGCAGAGGAACUGUUCAAUACAAAGAAAGAAGAGAGAAUGAGGCGGAAACUAGUAUAGCAAGUUCUUAUGAAAAGCAGUGGAAGUGGAUGUGGAGGCUGAACGUGAAGAGCAAGAUCAAACAUUUCCUUUGGAAGUGCCUACAUGGUUUAUUACCAGUCAACAGCCUGGUUUUUAAAAGAACACACAAAGGUGAUCCAAUCUGUGGUGGCUGUGGUGAACAAGAAGAGUCAAUUGAACACAUGUUUUUCCAAUGCAGCAAAGCACAAGAGGCGUGGAAAAUGGCUCCAUUACAAUGGGAUGGGUUAAGGGAACAGACAGGGAAUUUUCAAGCUUGGUGGACUGCUCUUCUGGAAGCUACAUGCAGGACAGAAGGAAAGGAGCAUAUAGAGCUCACUGUGAACAUCCUCUGGCAACUCUGGAAAAGGAGAAAUGAAUGGCAAUUCAAUGCCAAACACAGGCACCCUUGGAAAAUAAUCCAAAAGGCUCUACAGGAAUGGCAAGAACAAAAAGAUGUCCAGAGCAAGCAGGAAAUAGUCACUGAAGAUGCGGUAAGAGCAGAUGAGGAAGUUGAUCAGGAGGAGGCAGGAAGGAAUGAAAUUCAGAUCAGAAUGUCAACUAAGGAGCAAGACCAAUCCAACCGAGUUGGCAUGGGGAUUUUUGCAUCUACCUUCAACAAUCAUUGGGUGGCUGCAUGGGCACUUUUUGACAGAAAAACAGUGAAUCAGUUGCAGUCUACUGCAGAAGCUGUGAAAAUGGCCAUCAUAAAGGCUAGACACCAGCAAUGGAAGGAAAUUGUUGUCCACAUCACCAGCCCCCAGCUACUGAAGAUGAUAAAGGAAAGGAAGGCAAAGGACAUCAAAAUGGCUACUUUGAUAGAUGAUAUUAAUGAUCUCAGGUCCUUAUUUCAGAAAUGCUCCUUUUGUUUAGAUAGGAGCUUAGACUCUAGAUGUGAAGCGAUUAGUGAUUAUGCUUUAGGCAUAUUUCAAGAUGAGGAAUGGAUUAAUCCUCAGUGUGUCUAA